CAGUCCCAGCUGGACGUCUCUGUCUGUUCUCGGUGGGUUAGUAGUAGUUGCUAGUUAGCUCAGCUGAGCGGACAGGCUCACUAAAGUCGUGCUCUGUUCAAAGUAUGAUUUAACACUUCAAUACAACAUUUUAUUAACCGUUAACGGAAGGAUCCGACAGCGGAAGUGUGCAAAACUAACGGGACAAACCGGGAAAAGAGGAAUUCCGUGUUUUUCGUCGCUAUCAGCAGCUUUUUUUCUCAAGCGGACAGAGACGGAGAGAUUUCCUCCUUCAGAGUGUGUGUUUACAUCCUGAGGAGGUGGAGCCAGCAGUCAGUCACUGUUUGGUUGUUUCCUGUGUGGGAGGAGUCAGUGAUCAUCACAGAGAUGUGAUGCUGGAGGAUCAGAGGAGCUGUCACUCAAAGCAGGAUCCCGCCCCCCACCUCUACCAGCAGCCAAUCAGCACACAGUCUGGAGGGCCAUUAUGCAUCUGAAGUCGUAUCCGAAGCUUGUGCACUCAGAGUUGCAUGCAGUCGGUGUCCAGACAUUGUCCCAGCAGAGCAACUUGUUUGUGAGCCAGCAGGGGGCGCUGCGGAGGACCUGCAGCAGUAACCAUAGCAACAUCAGCAGCAGCCGCCUCCCAUUCAGUGUCAUCUCUACCAACACACUCUGUUGCAGCAAUGCAAUAAACAACAUCAGCAGCAAUGUGGCGUCGUUGCGGUUGAAGGCGUUGCCUGACACCACAAUGCAGCUCCACCCUCCACCGCCGGGCUGCGAGAACAACACACUCGGACUGUACCAAACCUCAACAGAGGACGGCGACCCCCCCCUGGACAUCUGGGCCGUCAUCAAGCCUGGACAUGUCCGUGAGAAGAUUGCCAUCUUCGCUUCUGAUGGGAGGCGAGCGGACGGUGGCAGGGACGACGAACGCAACUCAACCGGAGGAUCUGGCAUCCAAGAUGGGACACCGCCAGGGUGUAUGCACAACGCCGCCAUGUUGGGGCCGUUAAGGGCUGUGAAGGCAAAGGGAAGCUGGGAGGAAAACAGCACUGCCAAACGACGGCGCAGGUCAGGAAACAACCAGAACCUCCAGCAGGACCAGAGGACCCAACUCCUGGACUUUGAGCAACAUGCCCACAAACCAUCCCCACGGCACCUGGACUGGACGGGCAAUAGACAGUGUGGAGACCAGGAGGUGACAGCAGUGGAGGAGGAACAGAAGGUGUCAGUGGUGGAGAUGGUGGCUUUUCUGGAGCAGAGAGUCAGUGAGCAGCAGCUGGACUCCAAACCUUUGCUCGCCCUCCAGAGGAGCUCCACCACCAUCACACUGUCCAGAGCUCUGCUCCCCGAGGUCAAGGGGGAGGAGUCUGAGAGCGUCAAGGUGUCAGACAUGGUGGCCAAGCUGGAGUCUGAGUGUCUGAAGAGGAAGACAGAGGGAGAUCUGUCCAGGAGCAACAGCCUGAGGAGGAUGGUUGGACGAGUCCUGCUCACCACCGGGGACCAGGUCUCCACCCCUUGCCAGCCUUCAUCACCAUCAUCAGCAGCUUCAUCAUCUUCAUCUCCUUCACUAUCAGGAGCUCAGAAUGUGGGUGAGGAGCCAACCAGCUGCUCAGAAACAGCCAGGACGACCACACCUCUCUCAGCCGCCCUGACCACACCCUCACCACAGCCUUCAGGUGAAGCUGCAGUCAAAGUUCAGGAUGUCAGACUGGGUAGAAAUGUGGAGGCACAAGCCCUGCCCCCCUCACAAACCACACCUCCUCAGAUUGAAGAGGCGGAGCCUCUCCCCGGGUUGUUGUUUCUGUCUCCGCCUCCUGCUGCCGCAGAGACUGUCCCUCACACGGACUCAGAACCCCACCCCCCUCCUGCUUGCUCUGACUCUGACACCUCAUCAGAGAACAGGAGGAGGAGGAAGAACACUGACAGAGCUCAGGAGGAGGAAGGUGGUGGAGUGACUCCCCUCUCUGCUGUAGUGCCUCUGGGCCGGCGUGCGUCCGUGUCGCAGGAGUUCCUGGAGAUGCGUCAGCGGCUGCAGCAGCUGUUGGAGCCACAGCCGUACCUGGCGGUGCUGCCCCAUCACCUGCUAGUGAAGAUCUUCCUGCUGCUGCCCACACAGAGCCUCGCGGCGCUCAAGUGCACCUGCCACUACUUCAAGUUCAUCAUUGACACGUACGGCGUGCGGCCUGCCGACUCGCUGUGGGUGUCCGACCCACGUUACCGUGACGACCCUUGCAAACAGUGCAAGAAGCGGUAUGGCCGCGGCGACGUGUCGCUGUGCCGUUGGCACCACAAACCAUUCUGCCAGGCGCUGCCCUACGGCCCUGGAUACUGGAUGUGUUGCCACGGUGCCCACAGGGACGCGCCUGGCUGCAAUGUGGGUCUCCAUGACAACCGCUGGGUGCCGGCGUUCCACAGCAUUAACGUGCCAAUAUACAGGAGGAGCCACCAUGACGACUGAGAGGUCGCUGACGCUAUCUGCUCCCAUGAUGCAACAGCAGGUUAGAUUUGCCUUCAGAACAGACAGGUUCGGUCCUGUCACAGCAACACGUUUUAACAUUCAGGAAAUCCCUUCAGAGUUUAUCUGAACGUUUCGCUCUCAAGGUUCUUCUGCACCCGCUGCGCUGCAUGCUGCCUCUCGGCAGGGUGGCGCCCCCUGCUGCUCCUCACAGCCUCACCAUGUCACCAUCUCAUCAGCACCUCGUCAAAUUUCGCGUCAGUGACGAACUGCAGUUGGAGGGAGGAAGUGUCCCGACCAGGACUACUGUUCUUCUUCUUCUUCUUCUCAGCAACAACAAGACGUAAAGCCACUGCUAAUGUUUCAGACCAGGCUUAACCAAAACUGUUUCCUUAGCUCAUAUCCACAUGUAGUACAUCACAUCACAUCACAUCAUGCUGCAGUACAUAUACUCACCAUGUGGCUCUGCGCCCAGCUGACACUGAGGGGGUCUGUUUACUGUCGGGAGCUGAUGAUGCACACUCAAACUGGUGUCAAAACGGUCACGUGACACAUUUGCAGCUUGGUAGAACAUUGAUGAGCAGAUUCGUUGCUAACUGCAGUUUUCCUGGUGUUCGUCCAGUUCACCCUGACAUGACGUGUUUACAUGACAAGCAGCUCAAUGUGAUCCAAUCAUCACAGAUGAGCAGGCGAAUACGACACAGCAAGAAACACUCGCUCAGUCCGCCUUUUUAAAACCGUCACCCAACAUGUUUCAUAACUGAUUGUCAGGGUUUUACAGGUACAUAAAAAAAUGAAAAAGGAGUUCACCGUGAGCGGGUGGAGCUUCAGAGGGCGCCAUCUUUGGGGCAAAAAUGAACAGACUGCCUGCACCUUGUUUGUGUUUACAUUUGUACAUAAAUCAUAAAGAGUUUAUGAGCUGAGCGAUAAUCACCUUUAACAUGUUUUCCUGAGCUGAGGAGAGGAAACGUGGCCUUCGGUCUGGAGACGAUGCAAUAUGUAGAGAAAAAAUAAUGUCGGGAGAAAAAAAAUAACCUUUGACCUUCUGAGAUUUUUGGGUUUUUUUAAAGGUUUGUUGGUUUUCUGUCUGCUGGCUGUUCAAGAUGUUUUUGCUUUAAUAAAGUGCUUUCUCAUUGGUUCUUGUUUGGGCUUUUAAAAA